AUUUGCAUAACACCAGGAAGUUUUUAUAAGUCGAAUUCAACUGAUCUCGUGGUCAGUUGUUCGUAGGCUAGACUAGGCUACUCUGUUCAGUGGAUUCUGAGAAGAUAUGUGUAAUUUUAGGGUCAGCCUAAAUGCUGAGCCAUGGCCAGAUAACUGAUCUUUGCUGCCGAGUUAGUUAGGCUGUUACAGUCGGUUACAGUAGGCUAUCCUUGACAGCGGUGUUUUUUAACUAUGGUCUCCAUCUCCGUUUCCUUGGGUAGCGUACUGUUGACGUUGAUUUCUGGGAUAUCUGGACUGAGAAUUCUAAACCAGUCCUCUCUGAAUUGUACUCAGCCGGAACUGCGAUGCAGAGUCCUUCAAAAUAAUUGUUUAGAUGACGGAUGGCUAAAGGAGAGGCGGUUUACUCCUGGUUCCCCAAGGGAUUUGGAGGUCUCAGUGAAUGUAAGUAAGGAUGAGAAUGGCGACCUCCACCCUGUGCUUGUGGCUCACUGGAAAGCAAAUGAUGACGGAAGCCUUCGUUUCCUCAAAGGAACUAAGCUUGAUGUCUUGCACGUGGGUGAAAAUUACCAUUUCUGUUUGAAAUAUAUUUUUCUGGAUAAAUUUCCUGAGAUGAGGAAUAGCAAUCAUGAACUGUGGUCAUUUUCAACAGAUCAAGUGAUACUCCAGCCUGAACAAGAGUACCUUGUGACUGUCCACAACCUGCCUCUGCCAAACCUUGGUCACACCCAUUACUAUAUACAAAAGAGGUUCCAUGUUGCAGGUUGCACAGAUAAAACAAUACGGAAAACCAAAACAUGUGUGGAUAGUGGAUCUCUGUGGCAACCAAACAUUACCUGGCGUGUGUCAGAAGGGCCCAGCACUCCAGGCGCACUCACUGUGAGCUUCAACACUGCAAAACUCGCCGACAACUAUAGUGUGACUCUCAAAUGUCAGAAGGACUCAGUGACUCAAGACCUGAAGAAAAAUAACGCAACAUCACUGAAUGCUGUGUAUGAUCUUGGCAGAUUUCAUUUGACUUGCUGUAACUUUGAUUUUCAGAUCCAACCAUUUUUUCCAUCAUGUGCCAAUGACUGUGUCAGAAUAAAAAAGAACAUCAUCAUAUGUACAGAACCACCAACUGUUCCACCAAAGGUGUACUCAAACCCAGCGACAUUCAUAGGCAUCAUUGCUGGCCUUCUGUUCAUUUGUUCUAUUGCAUGCUGUUCUGCCUGGGUGUUUCUACGCUGCAGAAAGAGCCAAAAAGGCAAAGUGCUCCCCCUGCCAACCAUCACAGAGCCCCUUAAGCCUGCCCCCCGCACAGUGCUGAUCAUCUACUCCCAGGACCACCGCCUCUACACCAACAUCGUGCUGAAGCUCUGCGCUUUCCUGCGGGCCAAGUGCGCCACGGACGUGGUGAUGGACCAGCUGGACUCAGCGUGGUUGGGCACCGUGGGCCGGCUGCCGUGGCUGGAGCAGCAGCGCCGGCGCAUCGACAAGGUGCUGAUCCUGUGCUCGCGCGGCGUGCGCGCCAAGUGGGACGCCAUGUGCGGUCAGCCCGCCGUGACCCUCAUGGAGGACUUGCGCUCGCCCACCGACGACAUGACCACGGCCGCCCUCAACCUGAUGCUGCCCGACCUGCAGCGUGCCGCCUCACUGGGCAAGUACCUAGUGGCGUACUUCGACGAGGUCAGCAGCGAGCGCGACGUGCCGUCUGUCUUCGGCCUCGGCGUCAAGUACCGCCUCAUGAAGCAAUUCGAGGAGUUCUUCUUCCGCAUCCAGGACAUGGAGAAGUACCAGCCGAACCGGGUCAACACCAUUGAGGGCAUCGCCAGCGACGACUACUUCAACUGUCCCUCGGGUCAGGAGCUGAGGCAGGCCAUCGAGGCUUUCCGCGCCUACCAGCUGGACAACCCCGACUGGUUCCAGAAGGAGUGCGUGAGCAGCGAACAGGAAGCGAUUGACGAACGGGAGCCGCUCAUCGACACAAGCCUUAUUCCUCCGAUUCUCAAGUGCGAGCCGCUCCUUAACACAGGCCCUCCCAUCCUCCUCCAGGAAGUCAAUGCCCGUCCCUCGGACCACCCAGCACAAUGCGUUCACCAGCUCACCCCAGAGAUCAACCACAGCGCAGUGGGUGCCUCUGUGCAGGAGCUGGACCUGAGAAACCUCCCCGGGAACCAGCCACUGGUGCACCUUUCACAUCCAGAGGCACAGCCACGUGCGGUGGAGGAUGCUAGUCACCUCGUCUCGCAGAAUGAGCCACACCUGAGAGAAAAACCUGUCCUGCAAGAGGCCUGCGUUCAGGUAGAGCCGCUCAGGAAUGAGGAGGUGCUGCCGUCCGUGAGCGCGUCCUAUAACAAGCCUUCGCUCCAGGCCCUACAGCAGUUGCUGGCUCUCCAGCAAGUUCUCACGCCACUGGAUGUACCCGUCCCUUCUGUGCUGAGAGCUCAGCCCGCACCACAGCCCCUGCUCAGGGGGAGCCCCUCCCAGCCCAUGGAGAUGGCAGAAGAGGACAAUGUGGUGUAUGCGGAAGAGGAAGCUGAAGAGGUGGAGGUGGCAGAGAAUUUGGUGGUGAGAGAUGAAUCACUCGUGGUGGCGGGGACCGAGGAGGACUCUGGGAAAAGACAGUCGCGUGGCUCCGACCAAGGCUACGGCUCGAGGGAAACGCCCAUCAUUGACGCCCCGCCUGCGUCCUCCCUGAUGGCUUUGGCUGCCCUGCAGCAGUCUCUGUUCAUGGCAAGUCCCAGGACCUCUGGCUUUGGCUCCGAGACAGCACCAGGCACUGAUGAGCCACAGUACAGCCCAUCAGGUGACUGUGUCUUCAGAAGCUAAUUGCCUCAUUGACUUUGUUAAUACAGUUGUUUUGCUUCACUUCACUUAUAAGUUGGGCUGCACAAUUAUCACAAUCGUAAUCGUAAUCGUAAUAUGAACCAACGCAAUUACCUAAUCCCAAAAGCUACAAAUAAUCGUGCACAAUAUAUUUUGUCACAUUUCAGAUUUUUAUAAUUCAUUUCAUCCUCCUUGACUAUGCCACUUCUGAUUGGUGGAUGUGCGUGUGUACGUACAGUAGUACGUGAGGAGCACAGAAGUUCUGAUUGGUGAGCUUCACAGUUGGUUGGAGGCACUGUGUUUCUUGGGCACCUGGCGUGCUCACCAUUCAGGGGUGGCACAAAUUAAAGAGACAUUUGAAAUAUUGAACUGAAUCAAUUCAUUGACAUUUCAAAAUGAUAUUGCAAAUCACAAAAUAUGUCCGAGAACUUGCAAUUAGAUAUUUUCCCCAAAUUGUGCAGUCCUACUGAUCAAUUACUGUUUGUAUAAGCAAAAAUGUCAUUGCUGCAUAAGUAUUUAUGUUUUAUUAGUUUAUUUAAGAUGCCAGUAAUUCCAUAUCUUAUCGUACAUGUAAUAAGUACUUAAAAAAAGAUUCAUAUCAGUUUACAGAUACAAUGUUUUCCACAUGAUAUACUUUCGGUAAAGAAGUGGAAACUGGACAUAUAUUCUGGCAACAAUUUACAAACAAUUGUGUGGUCAGAGAAACUGAUUCCAAGGAAAUGUUUGUGUGUGUGUCCCUUAAAUUUUUUCAACAAAUAUGCAUCGAUCUACUUGACUACAUUCUUUGGUAGGACAGGGGACACUUUCAUAAUCCUAAAUCCAAUGCAUUGCAAACUAGUGUUCUGCUUCCUCUAAUGGUUUCACAUUGAGUAGAUCAUUUAUAAAGAAAAUGUAUGUUUGUUUUAAUAUACCUUUACACACUUUGGUAUGAUGUAAUUCAUUCAUCACUAGAAAAUAAAAGAUAAGGGUGGAGGGGGGGUAAAUCUUCUGUACACCAUGUCUUAAAUUACAGUUUUCAAUUUGUGUGUGAGUUUUGAAAGGAGGCACAAAAUAAUGCUUCAUUUACUUAAUGCACUGCUGGCCUGCAUAUUCAGUAGCUUUCAGAAAAUAAUAAAUCAUGCCUACAUUC